AUGACAACAAGUUCAUUGACCGUACAGUGUGAGCGUUCCAAACGCGCACUAACAUGGAGUGACACGAAUCUGCAGCUGCCCGCAGCCUCCUCUGUUUUCGUGCUGCCCAAUCUUGCAAAAGAGCUUGCCUUGGAGGAUCUGGAGUCUGACCGCCAACUCGAAGAAGAGUUGGCAGUGCAAGUCGGGGCCGACAACGCGUUCGAGGACGAACCAAAGAAAGACGACGACUUCACGCGAACGAUUGCGGGUGCAUUCGUUCAGUUCGAAGCAGGUGCCCUCGUAUCCAAGAUCCGUCUGCCCAGCGACUUUUCUGCCGUCCGCAUCAGUGGGUUGCCGUUAAACACCUCGGAGGGAUCGGUUCGGGAUAUGCUUGCUGAAACGGGGCUGCAUGUUAGUGUCGCCGAUGUGCAUAUGUUGCAGAUGGAAGGCAGUUGUGGCGCAUCCGUGAGAUCGGACGAUGCAUUGUUUUCCAAGAAACUCUGCGCCAUCGUUCAACCUGGCUUCAUCUGGGAGGGCGUCAAGAUAUAUGCAACGCCUGUCGCUGCGCCGAUGCCCUCUAGCCAUAAUGCCCGGCGCGUAGACUGCAAGAAGGUACAUGUAUCCUGGCAUAAGGCAGUCAGGAAUGUCUGGCUAAACUUUGGCACCGAAGACGCUGCCCGGAGAGUGAGCGACCUGUUCUCGAAGGGGGCCUAUCGAAUCUUGAACCAGAAAGUCACCGCGGGGGAAGCUACUGAAGCCAGACCGACUUUUCAUCCGUGGUCGCCGUCUAACAACCGUGUAGCAUGGACUGUUAUGUUGACCGAAGUCCCGGCCACUGCGGAGAGGAGCGACAUCUCGGCAGCCAUAACACAAGAACGGAACAGGCCGCGUCAUAUAGAAGUAGGCCUUCCAUCGUACUCGGCUGAUUCUGAGCAGGCCACCACAUUGAUACGCUCGCUUCUGACGAACGUCGGACCUUUGGAGUAUUUCGAGGUGACGCUUGAGACGAACGCUAGGCGAGUCAAAGCAACUGCGCGAUUCUUGGACGAGGAGGACUCUCGGAGAGCUGCCGAAGAGCUUGACAAAAAGGAGCUCCCUUUUCACCCUAAAGCACGAUUGACGGUCCAGAUGGUGUACUCGGCCAAGUUCAAAACCGGCACCAACAUUUACGACGCUGUUUGUCCAAGGAUCUUGCCCCAGCAGAAAGUUUGGAGGAGCAAGAACAUUACCUUUAGGGCAUACAACAGCACGGACCCCCUGCGGAGGUUCAGGCUUUUGAAGAUGGAAGGCGAGUCGGCAGUUGACAUCGUUGUGGCCAAGGCUGAUCUCGAAUCCAUUCUUGCUGGAGUCGUUAUGAGGGAAAUUGAUACCGUUCUCUGGGAUCCCUCUCUCAAGGCGAACGGCAAACUUUAUCAAGCAAUAAAGAAGCUAGAGAAAGAAUGCUCUGUAGUUAUUCUUCGGGAUAAAGGCAAAUCUGAGCUGCGUGUUUUCGGAGCUCAGCAAUGUUGCGAAGAAGCGCAGUUUCGGUUGGCUGAACUGAUACGCCUUGAAUCGCUCUCGACGUCCACCCGAGCAAUUGAGCUUAAACCUCACGAGUUUUUCUGGGCCUGCCAUGGGGGUUUUAGAAAGAUUGCUACGUGGCUUGGUCCAGAAAAGGCAUCAUUUGAUAUCAUCUCCACGCCCAAGAAGAUUGUCAUCUCCGGGCCGCUGGAAGACUAUGAUGUUGCCCGAGCGAUCAUGGAAGGCAGACAGCAAGUCACAGAACCAGAAGAGCAACCAAAGCCCGACGAUGCCACGCAAGAGUGUUCUGUUUGUUGGACAGGCGCCGAGACUCCCAUCAAGACAAGCUGUGGCCACGUCUACUGCUUAGAAUGUUUCGAAAGAAGCUGCAGGGUGGGGGACGUGACGACCGCAGCCUUCGUUGUUCUUUGCCACGGUAACCAAGGGAAUUGUAAGAGCAUUAUAGGAGUGGAGGAUCUUCAGGAGCAUCUCUCCUCAGCCGCGCUCGAGGAAGUGCUUGAGCGAUCCUUUUCAUCCCAUAUCAAGCGCAACCCCAACGAGUUCCGCUACUGUCCCACUCCAGAUUGUGGCUACAUAUAUAGAGCCACAUCUGAGUCGAGAAUCCAGAACUGCUCCAACUGUCUCAGGCCGACUUGCUCCGCUUGCCACGAGUCACACGUCGGCAUGUCGUGCGAAGAACACCAUUACAUGAUUUCGGAAGGCUACCAGGAGUUCAGGAAGCUCAAGGAAGAUCUGGGUAUAAAGGACUGCCCGAGCUGCAAAACUCCACUGGAAAAGAUCUCGGGGUGCAAUCAUAUGACGUGCACAGUUUGCAACUGUCACAUUUGCUGGGUUUGUUUGAAGACCUUUUCGAGCGGUGAUCAAGUCUAUGAGCACAUGGGAACGCUGCAUGGAGGUCUUUACGACCCAGAGGAAGCGCAUAUAUAG